CAGGUAAACCCAUGCAGGACUUGUAACAAGCAAUAAAUAACAAUAUUUAGAAUGGAACCAUCAUGUUCACAUUCCAAGUGUGAUUUGUACGAGAGAAAAAAAAUCUCAUAUGAAAAUGUCGAGACUGAUAGUGACAACAGGUUACCGGAAAAGCCGGACAGUUCAUGUAAAGUUAGGCAACAAAUUGACGACAUUGAGCGUGAAGAUUUUGAGGAGGAGAAUAGGAUGUUAAAGCAUUGCUCUAGUAUGAUAGUUGAUGGUGAAAUAGCUGGAAGUGCAAGAUAUUCUGGUAACUUGUCGAGUGCCAAUUCUAGUCUCGCAUCAAGUUCAGAAACCAUAUCGACACUUUCGAACAUGAUAACCAACGACUUUAGCUUACCAGGCUGUAGCAAAAGUGAUGACUGCGAAGGCAGUAACGCAACAAUAAAGAACAUGAUAUACUCCAGAACUCCUCUAUACUCAGUCGUAGAGCAUCCUCGCAAGAAAGUAGAUUUUAUGCAAAAACUUUUAACUAGUAACUUACAAGAAAAGAAACACUUUCCUAAAGGAAAGCUUUAUAAAGGAGAUCUGAUGGAACAUUCUGGGGAUUCUGAUGUGUGCGAUGGCAGCGGACAAUCAGGUCGUUCAAGUUCAAACGCCUCAAGUUCCAGUUCUGAUAGCAAAGAGUUUACUGUACCUUCAACGUCAAAUGCUGAGAAACUAUUAGGUUUGGAUGACAGUAGCAAGAGGAAUGGAAGUGGCAGCUCGAAGUCUGAAGAACACUUAUUGAGUUAUUGCGAUGGCGAUGAGGAGUCCGAUGAUGAGGUCAACGAAGAGUCUUGGUGCACAUGCCUUUCAUCACACGAGGACGAUGAUGAAGAGGAAGAUCCAGAGCACGAUGAUCGACUUUGGAGGAAAAGACGCUACGAACCUCCUCGGCCACAAUCGGCUAAGAAAUUCUGUACGGACGGUAGCGUUGUAACUGGAACUGGUACUGAGUGGCCAAACCUUCAUAACAUGUCGAUGCAGAAUAACAACGUACAAGGACCACCAGAACUAAAGCAGUGGCUCAACAGAUUUCAAUCGUGGUCAAACGGAGAAAAGAUCCAAGCUAUUGACGCUCUUAUCAACCGCUGUGCCUCCAGUCACGUCCGCUACAUGAUGAAGGCGAUCGAGCCACUAUUCCAGAGGGACUUUAUAUCGCUCCUACCAAAGGAACUCGCGCUCACCGUAUUGGGAUACUUGCAGCCGAAAGAUUUGUUGCGAGCUGCACAAACGUGCCGUUACUGGAGAUUUUUGGCCGACGAUAACCUCCUAUGGAAAGAACAGUGCCGUCGCAUAGGGCUAACGACUCUGAAGAAAACGCCUCGAUCGCUGCCAAGAUGUGCCAGUCCGUGGAAAGCGGCUUACAUGCGUCAGUCUCUGAUACAAGACAAUUGGCUACACAAGCCAGUCAACAAUCCCAUAGUAAUGCGUGGUCAUGAUGAACACGUGAUAACUUGCCUCCAGUUCUAUGGAAACAGGAUUCUGAGCGGCAGUGAUGAUACCACUCUAAAAGUUUGGUCAGCUAUCACUGGGAAGUGUCUACGUACACUAGUGGGUCACUCUGGUGGAGUGUGGUCGUCGCAAAUGGUCGGCGAUCUCGUUAUCAGCGGCUCUACUGACCGCACGCUACGUGUGUGGAACGCGAAGACCGGACAGUGCCUUAAAGUUCUCGCCGGGCACACGUCGACUGUACGCUGCAUGCAUUUGCAUCAAAAGAGAGUUGUUUCCGGAUCCCGCGACGCGACACUACGCGUUUGGUCGAUCCCAGACGGCAAAUGUCUCCGCGUACUAGUCGGUCACUUGGCAGCGGUUCGAUGUGUUCAGUAUGAUGGUAAAAUGGUUGUUUCCGGAGCCUACGAUUACUUCGUCAAAGUAUGGAAUCCCGAAACUGGAGAAUGUCUCCAUACCCUGGCCGGACACACCAAUAGAGUGUAUAGCUUACAAUUUGAUGGUGUUCACGUUGUAAGUGGUUCGCUGGACACGUCAAUUCGUGUCUGGGAUGUGGAAUCUGGACAAUUGAAGCACACCCUGACAGGACAUCAGUCACUUACCUCGGGGAUGGAGCUGCAUUCUAAUAUAUUAGUAUCCGGAAAUGCUGAUUCCACUGUCAAAGUAUGGGACAUCACAACAGGCCAUUGCUUACACACAUUGUCAGGCCCUAACAAGCAUCAAUCCGCCGUGACCUGCCUCCAAUCAAGUAACCGCUUUGUGAUCACCUCAUCCGACGAUGGUACUGUGAAGCUAUGGGACGUCAGAACCGGCGAAUUUAUACGCAAUCUAGUAGAACUCAGUUCAGGUGGCUCUGGGGGCGUCGUAUGGCGUAUACGAGCGUCCGCGACUAAACUCAUAUGCGCAGUUGGUUCCCGUAAUGGUACCGAAGAGACGAAACUCCUAGUACUCGAUUUCGAUAUCCCAGGUGCUUGUAGGAAAUGUGACGAAUAG